GGGAAUCCACCCGUGACCGUGUUCCUCUUCACUGCCUGCUCGGCGCCAAGUCUGUGCGCUGGCCGCAAGUUGAAAGUCGGCAGCAGAUGCGCAGUAGCAGGAGCUGCCAGCAAACCUGGCCUCCAGAGUUGCAGACUCCCGCGCGCCUCCCGCUUAAUCUGGGCAGGACUGCAGGCCACUCCCCCGACCCUGUGCAGCCACCUCCCUGCCGCACACCCCUAAAUUCCUCACGUUGACCCGCACCCGCUAGGCACCGGAGUCCCAGGAUCGCAGGGACAUCACCUCUUUCACCCUGACCCUGGAUUAGCGCCCACCUGCCUGCUUUGCCGGCGCCCAACCCUUUCUCACUUCCUGGGCGCGAUGCCCGGUUGAAGGGACAGUGCCUGGCAAGCUGGGAGGGAGAGGGGACGAGGGCGGGACCUCAGCCACUUCUUCCCUCCCUUGGAGUCACAAUCAAAAGCUUGAGUGAGGACAAACAGACCGCGGUGGGUCUCGAGUCCUACAAAACUCGCCCGGCGGGCCAGCAAGGCGAACUUCACAGCGAGGCCUCCCCCCAAUCUGUGUCCCGCGGGGGACCGAGAGGCCUGAGAGCCCGUGGGUCCCUUAGGUCCCUGGACACACCGGAACUCAGGACCGAUGCCCAUCAUGCACUCAGAGACUGCUCCAAGGUUCCAGGCACUCCUGCUCUUCAUGCUGCUGCUGCUGCUCCUGGCCGCCCCGCCUGUGGCUAGCAAGGGCUGUGUCUGCAAAGGCAAAGGCCAGUGCCUCUGCGCAGGGACCAAAGGGGAGCAGGGGGAAAAAGGCUUUCCUGGGUUCCCUGGCUUUCCUGGCCAGAAAGGAUUUCCAGGUCCUGAAGGCUUUCCUGGACCACAGGGACCCAAGGGCUCUCCAGGACUUCCAGGACUCACUGGUCCCAAAGGCAUCAGGGGAAUAACUGGAUUACCAGGAUUUUCAGGUCCUCCUGGACUUCCAGGCAUGCCAGGCUACCCUGGGCCUCAUGGGCUAGCUGGUUUACCAGGAUGCAAUGGUUCUAAGGGUGAGCAAGGAUUCCCAGGCAUUCCAGGGACACCAGGCUACACAGGACUGCCAGGUCCUGAUGGUCUGAAAGGACAGAAGGGUGAGCCUGCUCAAGGAGAAGACAGGGACUUCAGUGGGAAAGGUGACCCUGGGCCUCCAGGGCACCCAGGCUUCCAGGGUUUUCCAGGCCCCCCAGGUUUCCCAGGGCCUGCUGGUCCACCGGGUCCUCCGGGACUUUAUGGCUUUCCAGGAGCUAUGGGACCCAGAGGACCAAAAGGCCAGAUGGGUGAUGGGAUGAUAGGAGAAGAGGGAGAAAAGGGUGUGAAAGGAUUACCAGGGCCUCCUGGGCUGCCCGGAACAGUGGUUUAUACACUGACCCGCCUCCCAUACAACAAAUCGGAACUCAAGGGAGAGAAAGGAGAUCAAGGAGAGAUGGGUGAACCUGGACUUCCUGGACGCCCGGGACCACCUGGAGACUCCUAUGGAUCAGAAAAGGGUGUUCCUGGAGAGCCUGGUCCUCGGGGAAAACCUGGAAAAGAUGGUGCUCCUGGCUUCCCCGGCACUAAGGGAGCCAAGGGCAGCAGGGGAAUUCCAGGGUUAAUGGGUGAAACUGGCAUAAAGGGAUGGAAAGGAGACAUUGGCCCUCCAGGAUUUCGUGGCCCAACAAAGUACUACGAUGCAUACCUAGAAAAGGGAGACAGAGGAAUGCCAGGCCCACCUGGGCCCAAAGGAGCUCGUGGCCCAGAGGGUCCUAGAGGUCCCCCUGGAGUUCCUGGAAAUCCUGGACUGUCAAGACCUGGUCUCAGAGGACCCCCCGGAUGGCCAGGCUUGAAAGGAAGUAAAGGGGAGAGAGGACCCCCUGGAAAAGAUGCUAUGGGCCCUCCUGGACCCAUGGGAUAUCCUGGUUCACCAGGCCCACCAGGCCCACCAGGCCCUCCAGGACCUCCAGGACGUCCAGGUGACAUUGUUUUUCAGCCGGGUCCACCUGGUGACCAUGGAGUGCCAGGUGAUGUAGGACCUCCAGGACUCCCAGGAGUUGAUGGACCCAAAGGAGAACCAGGCCUUCCAUGCACACAGUGCCUUAGCAUCCCAGGACCCCCUGGUCUCCCAGGACUUCCAGGAUUAAAUGGUGUCAAAGGAAUCCCAGGAGGCCGAGGUGCACCUGGUAUGAAAGGAGACCCGGGGUCCCAAGGAAGUGCAGGUCUCCCUGGAUUUGCAGGAUUCCCAGGAGACCAAGGGCAUCCAGGACUUAAAGGGAGCAAAGGUGAAACACCUCCACCUUGGGGACAAGUCGGUGACCCAGGCGAUCCCGGACCCAGGGGCCUGCCAGGGAGACAAGGCCUCGAUGGAACUCCUGGAAGUCCAGGAGCGAAAGGACCACCAGGACCUAGAGGUGAACCGGCCCUGAGUGGAAGGAAAGGCGACCAGGGACCUCCAGGGGUUCCUGGACCCCCUGGACCCCCAGGACCUGCAGGACGAGCUGGACCACCAGGCUACGGACCCCGAGGAGAACCAGGUCCAAAGGGAGCCCAAGGAGUCUCUGGAGCCCCAGGACCACCUGGAGAAGCCGGUCUCAAAGGAGAACCCAGUGUGUCAAUACCAGUUUCGGGUCCCCCAGGCCCUCCAGGGCCCCCUGGUCAAGCUGGCCCCCGAGGUCUGCCUGGUUUGCCUGGACCUCUGGGGAAAUGUGAGCCUGGUCUUCCUGGACCCGAUGGUGAACCAGGGAUCCCAGGAAUUGGAUUUCCAGGGCCUCGGGGACCCAAGGGAGAUCAAGGUUUCCCAGGAACAAAAGGAUCGCCGGGUUGUCCUGGAGAAAUGGGGAAGCCCGGCCGUCCUGGAGAGCCAGGCCUCCCAGGAGCCAAGGGAGAACCAGGCCUGGGCAUGCCUGGGGAACCAGGAAAACCAGGAUUUCCAGGAGAAAGAGGCAAUUCUGGGGAAAACGGAGAUAUUGGACUGCCUGGGCUUCCAGGCCUUCCUGGAGCUCCAGGAAAAGACGGGCUUGAUGGGCCUCCAGGAGACCCAGGACAGCCUGGAGCACCUGGAGCAAAAGGACUCCCAGGGAGGUGCAUACAGGGACCCAAGGGCGCCCAAGGACUUCCAGGCUUAAAUGGAUUGAAAGGGCAGCCAGGUAGAAGAGGUGAUACUGGGCCAAAGGGAGACCCUGGCAUCCCAGGCUUGGAUAGGUCAGGAGUCCCUGGAGAACCUGGACCACGAGGAAUGCCAGGUCAUCCAGGUGAGGUGGGACCACCUGGCCAAAAAGGAUAUCCAGGAACUCCAGGAGUCCCAGGGCCACCAGGCAAGAAGGGAGAGGUUGGAAUCAUGGGCUACCCUGGACCCACUGGCCCCCCAGGGUCUCCUGGGAAACCAGGCUCACAGGGACAGAGAGGUAGCCUUGGAAUCCCAGGAACAAAAGGGGAAAGAGGACGCCCCGGAGCCAAGGGUGAACGAGGAGAGAAGGGAAACCGUGGUCCUUCCCAACUGCCACACUUAAAGGGGGACAAGGGAGAGCCUGGGGUCAAAGGAUUUGUAGGAAAUCCAGGUGAAAAGGGAAACAGAGGCAGUCCAGGGUUGCCAGGUCGAAAAGGCAUCGAGGGACUGCCUGGGCUACCAGGCCCUCCAGGCCCUAGAGGAGAUAUGGGGAGCAGUGGAAACCCUGGAAGAGCAGGCCCGCCUGGCAUGCCAGGAAACAUGGGGAGCAUGGGGCUACCAGGCCCUAAAGGGAAAAAAGGAACUUCGGGACUUCCGGGUCUAGCUGGAAGACCAGGCCUGCCAGGGAUCCAUGGUCCCAAAGGAGAUAAGGGGGAACCAGGUUAUUCAGAAGGUGCAGGCCGAGGACCACCAGGACCAAAGGGUGAUUCAGGACUGCCAGGUGAUAAAGGAAAGAAAGGAGAGAGAGGCCCACCUGGGCCACCUGGACAACCGGGACCUGCUGGACCUGAUGGAGCCCCUGGGAGUCCUGGAAAUCCUGGCCACCCAGGAAAACCAGGUCCUGGUGGUGAUUUGGGUCUUAAAGGAAAGAAAGGCCUCCCAGGCCCUCCAGGAAGCACUGGCCCCCCAGGCCCUCCAGGACUCCCAGGACUUCCUGGACCAAUGGGUAUGAGAGGUAACCAAGGACAUGAUGGAAUUCCUGGUCCUCCAGGAGAAAAGGGAGAAACAGGCUUGCUGGGGGGCUAUCCAGGCCCAAAAGGGAGCCCUGGUGUUCCAGGUGCCAAAGGAGACAAGGGAGUUCAAGGCUUGCCUGGCCUCCCUGGCAGAGAAGGGGUCAUGGGAGAUGUUGGACCUCAAGGACCGCCAGGCAUUGCUGGACUCCCAGGACCACCAGGUCUACCUGGGGCAAUUGUCCCUGGUCCAAAAGGAAGCAGAGGUCUCCCUGGCUUAAGAGGAAAUCCAGGUGAUCCAGGUCCCCCUGGACCUCCAGGACAUAUAGUAAAAGGCAUAAAAGGUGACAAAGGAUUUAUGGGACUGCCUGGCCCGAAAGGUCUACCUGGACCUGUAGGAGACAUAGGCCCACCAGGACACGUGGGAGCACCAGGUAUUCCAGGUCUUCCAGGUCUCAGAGGGGAUCCGGGAUUCCCUGGAUUUCCAGGCAUAAAAGGAGAGAAGGGUAAUCCAGGAUUUCUUGGAUCAACUGGACAUCCAGGACCAAUUGGGCCAAUAGGACCACCUGGUGCACCUGGAAAACCUGGCACAGUUAAGAUCAUCUCUCUUCCGGGAAGCCCAGGGCCACCUGGUGCACUAGGGCAGCCAGGAAUGAAAGGAGAUCCCGGGCUACUGGGACCACCAGGAAUCCCAGGACCAUGUGGGCCAAGAGGUAAACCAGGCGAGGAUGGAAAACCAGGAACUCCAGGACCAGAUGGUGAAAAGGGCAACAAAGGCUCUAAAGGUCAGCAAGGCCCACCUGGAUUGGAUGGAUUACCAGGUUUAAAGGGGAAAGCUGGAGACAGGGGCACACCUGGCACAGGGACACGAGUUCGAGGCUUCAUCUUUACCCGACACAGUCAGACAGUGGCCAUUCCUUCAUGUCCUGAAGGAACACAGCCCCUCUAUAGCGGGUUUUCUCUUCUUUUUGUACAAGGAAAUGAACGCGCACAUGGACAAGACCUUGGUACUCUGGGCAGCUGCCUGCAGCGAUUCACCACAAUGCCAUUCUUGUUCUGUAACAUCAAUAAUGUAUGUAAUUUUGCAUCACGAAAUGAUUAUUCGUACUGGCUGUCAACACCAGCUCUGAUGCCAAUGGACAUGGCUCCAAUUACUGGCAGAGCCCUCGAACCCUAUAUUAGCAGAUGCACCGUCUGCGAGGGUCCCGCAAUGGCCAUAGCUGUUCACAGUCAAACUACUGCUAUCCCGCCAUGUCCCCAUGGCUGGGUUUCUCUCUGGAAAGGUUUUUCCUUCGUUAUGUUCACCAGCGCAGGCUCAGAGGGUGCUGGGCAAGCACUCGCAUCGCCUGGCUCCUGCCUGGAGGAGUUCCGAGCCAGCCCAUUUAUAGAGUGCCAUGGACGAGGAACGUGUAACUACUACUCGAACUCCUAUAGUUUCUGGCUGGCUUCAUUAAACCCAGAAAGAAUGUUCAGAAAACCUAUUCCAUCAACUGUGAAAGCCGGGGAGUUAGAGAAAAUCAUAAGCCGCUGUCAGGUGUGCAUGAAGAAAAGACAUUGAAGAAAUCAAAAACAGAACCACAUUUUCAUCUUUCUUAUAUGCCAAAAUCAUGACUCAGAACAUGCAUUUAUCUAAGCCUUUUUCUCUAGUUUUACACUGUUGUUCUGUGAGGAUUUAGUAGGGUGGAGUUCCACCUCACAAGAAGGCAUUUCAUUCAAGUUAGUCUGUGAUGCAGGUCUCAAAUCUGUGUGGUUUCAAUGUUCCCUGUGGAAAGGCAACAGCUUCUCACAGAUAUUAACUGAUGUCACAUUCCGCUUGUACCCAACACACUGUGUGAAGUCUAAACUACAGGGUAAGAGGGAUUUGGCCCAGUGGAUCCACAAUGUGCUCCUUGGCUCCCCCUCUUGACCUAGGGAGGUUGGUCUGCUUCCUGAGACAUGAGACUUCAGCUAGAGAAGGAGAUGGGGCCUACAGAAGCUGAGCACACCAUGAAAAGAACUGGAGGGUCAGACCUGUCAGGUGGUACAAGGCCUGAGAGCCCAGGACAGGUGAAGCCCGGGAUGCUCCAGGACUCAUUUAAAUAUGCCCAAAGCGAGGACCAAAGGAAGCCUCCCAAAGUGAGUCAUAGAGGCUUGGAUACGAACUCUAGUUUUGUUUUCUGUUUGUUGACGAGAUUCAAACUGAGCUAACCGCUUGCCCUUAGAGAACUAACUUUUACUAGUAAGGAUGUUACAUUGAAACAUUUCUCUUUAUUGCUUUCAAUGUACUCACAAGUGACAAGGACACUACUUACUUGAUGUGCACUUUAUCCCCACUCUUAUGAACACUGACCUUAAAUAAUCUCACCAGUAGUUCAAUAAUCCAGGAAAGAAUAGAGGCACUUGCUGGUUUAUCAGACUCCACAUAUUUUUCUUUGCUCCAAACAGUUCAUAACAUGGUCUUAUAGAUUUGUUCCUUUGUUAAUCGUCUACAUUUUCCUUUGGAUCUCUCUCUCUCUCUCUCUCUCUCUCUCUCUC